AUGCGAAAGCACGAGAAUUUGACCAACGACCUUUUCCAGAACAACUACCCGCAGGGUAUCCAAUUCGACGCGUCGACCCCGGUAAACGAGGGAUUUGUGGGCGAUACAGAAGCCUCGUACACCGGCCAGCCGGAUGAUGAUGACGUCGCGUCUACCGUAUCCGCGUCGUAUUACAUCGAGCCCCGCUUCACGCCAGGACCUCAACCCCCAGCCGCACCGCCGCAGGAGAUUGUCGGUCGGUUUUUGGAUUCGCUUGCCAACCAGUUCUACCAUUUU